UGAACAGUUAUCUGAUCCAUGAGUUGUUUUUUCUAGAAUCACUCAAAUACAUCGGGAAAACCCAGAUCUAUUUUUAGAGUGUUGUAAGCCAUUGCUUUUAGAAACAGCCUUAUACGACCUAGUAUUGGUAUUCAAAAUUUGGUUCAGAAUAAUCUUUUGCAUUCACGGAACGAAAACUAGUGAUGUUGCCAAAUAAAAAGGAUAAUCAUGGGUUUUUCGGGCUCCCUUCCCAGAAAUACCGAGAUUGGUCCGAGAAGACAGCAGUUCAAGUAACAGAAGAUGACCCCUGUCGUUCUAAAUCAGAGUAUUUCUCAAUCAACCCCUUUACGCUACAUCAUUCAAGGUGGAAUUGUUUCGAUGAUGUAGAAACGGACGCCAUUCCAAAAUCACCAUCAAAAUCUCCUAGACUACUAAUUUCGGAUUCGCCUUCUCCUUAUGACGAGGAUUUAGAGCAUGAUGGCGAAGUCUCGAGUUCUGUUGUGUCAUCGCCUUCCGAACAUAUAUCCCCAUCAUCAUCGUCGUCAUCAUCUUUGUCUUCAUCAUCAGUGUUAUCACCGUUUUCAUCGAUGUCGAAGGGUUUUCUAUCAUCGCUCCCAUCCUUUCCCGAAAACAAUCACCAGGCGGCAGUGUUAUCGAUAGCGUCUUAUCAGGAAAGCGGUAGUGUUCCGGACAAUAUGUUAUUUGCAGACUUUAGCAAUAGAAACAACGGCUCACAAGGUGUGACAUCAGAUUUGAGAUCAGCAAGAUGCUGCUCUUCACAAUAUAUUGAAGAACAAUCUCGAACGGAUUCCGAUAUGAACCGACCAUAUUUACCUUACAUAAACCAGAGCAAUUUUGAUGUUGAACAGUCAAUACUAGAGCGAAAUUGUAGUGCCAAGUCUUCCACACCAUCAAAUUCAUCUUGCAAAUAUUCAAUAGCAGUCGACGAAAAUGAACCAGAUUGUGCAAGGAAAACGGAGCCCAUGGAAACAGACCGGUACCCAGACAAGACUCUGGAGAAAAAUCCACUCCUGACCGAUUCAGCUCAGGCCGUGCUCAAUAUGGGAUACUUACCCAAACAUGUCAAACAAGCUGUCGAUAACGUGCUCAAGACCAAAACUUGGCAGACAAUGAACGUUGAGGAUAUUCUUGAUGUCAUUACGGAAAAUGAUGAAGAAAACUCGGAAUCUGCGAAAACUCAAAACGAGGCUUCAGCUGCAGACGACAUAAAAAAUCCCGAAAAGCUCAAAGAAAGUAACGAGACUUUACGAGAACGAACGAUUUGUAAAAUGUGUUGUACAGAGAGAGUCUCCAUUGUCUUUCUUCCCUGUGGUCACCUGGUCAGCUGUGGUCAGUGUUCACCUGCACUCCGGAAGUGUCCCAUGUGUCGACAGGGAAUCAAAGGAACCGUCCGGGUCAAGUUCAAUUAAUCCGGAUUAAUCAGAGAAUGGAGAUUUUAUUUGGGAGCUGUGAUUUCUUUUCAAAAUGUAACUGUGUGUGGAUUUAUAAUAUAAGUGGAGGAUGUAAAGGAUUUAAUGCAAAAUUCAACUAAUCAUUAUCUUAAAGUUUCAUGCAAACUUUAAUAAGUUACACUCACUAAAAUCAUUUUUUUUUUCAAAUUUCAUAAGCAAACAUUUAAUAUAUAUGCAUAAUAAUAAUGAGCAUUGACAGGAUAAUUUUAUACUGAAUAUUAUUGUUGAUAUGAAAACUAUACUAUUUUUUUAAUUACUGAAUUAAUAUACUAGUUAGUAAUAUAACAUUGAGAAUCUGUGUACAUAUAACUAAAUCAGGAAAGCACGUGGGCAUUUUGUCAUGACGUCGACGUCUAGAUUGUUUAAUCAGAAAUCGAAGGUUACUGAGUAAUUAUUUAAAAAAAGAAACAAUCUGACAACCAGAAAGUCUGAAAUUUGUGAGAGCCAAUAAGUUUAUACAGGACUGAAUGUAACAUUGAAAGUACUAAGAGCAAGGUACUAAGAGCAAGGACAGGAAUAUGUUGUAAAGCUAGUACAUGAAUCCAAAUGCCAAAUGUUCCAAGAAGCUGUGAUACCUUUAAUUUCCAUGGCAUAAAAAAAUACAGCCCCCCCCCCCCCCCCCACUUUUCCUAUAUCUCUUAACAUACACCCGCAUUCACCAACAUACACAUGUAUACAUGCAUUUAUUUUGCUUAAUUUGCCAUGCGACGGUUUUAUUUCAUUAUACGGCUAGUGUGAAAUAGUUGAGAGCAUAACUAUUAAUAGUAUACCGAUAUGUAUGGUCUUUCAAGUAAUUGAUCUCAUAAUAUGUUGAAUGUGUACUUGAAAAAUAAAAAAUUCGUUCUUUCAGAA